AUGGCCGAUAAUUCGACACAGUCAGCGCAGGUCAUGGACAUUACCUGGGACGAUGCAACCUGGAUCCUUACCAGCGCCUUUAUCAUAUUUACCAUGCAGUCAGGGUUUGGCCUGCUAGAGGCGGGCAAUGUGUCUCCGAAGAAUGAGGUCAACAUCAUGAUGAAGAACGUUGUGGACGUCGUCUUUGGUGGUCUAACGUACUGGAUGUUCGGGUUUGGUCUCAGCUUCGGAGUAGACAAGGGCACCAACCCGUUCUGUGGCGUGGGCUAUUUUUUCGUGGAUAUAGAGGAUGAAAACAUGGGGGUCAUUUACUCCACCUUCGUGUUCCAGUUGUCUUUUGCGACCACAGCGACGACGAUCGUGUCUGGAGCCAUGGCCGAGAGGACCAAGUUGACAGCCUACACACUGUUCUCUUUCUUCAACACCGUGGUCUACUGUUUCCCCGCCCAUUGGGCCUGGGCCUCUUCCGGCUUCCUCUCACAGCUGGGCUCUGUCGAUUUCGCCGGCUCUGGAGUGGUUCAUUUAGUUGGAGGAGUGUCUGGGCUGGUAGCCACCAUUAUGCUCAAACCACGACAGGGCAGGUUUGACGACAAAGCUCAACCCGAGAUGGCCAACCCGGCAAAUGCUGUUGUGGGGAUGUUUAUGCUCUGGUGGGGAUGGCUUGCCUUUAACUGUGGCAGCACUUUUGGCAUCUCCAGAGGAAAGUGGAAAUUGGCAGCGAAGACAGCCGUGACGACACUUCUCUCUUCCAUGUCUGGUGGGAUAGCGGGCACAGCCCUCAGCUUCAUUGUUCACAAAGGCAAAUAUGACAUCGGAUAUCUGGUAAAUUCCAUUCUUGGUGCGCUUGUAUCGAUCACAGCAUCGUGCCCCUUGAUUCACCCGUGGGAGGCUGUUCUCAUUGGCGCGAUCGGAGGCGUCCUGGUAAUCGGCGUGGACCAUCUCCUUGUCAAGCUCAAAGUGGAUGACCCAGUCUCCGCUGUAGCUGUGCACGGGGCCGGUGGCCUGUGGGGCUUGAUCUCUGUGGGUCUGUUCACCACACAAGACCCCGUGGAGAACAUCACCUACGGUCGGAACGGGCUUUUCCACGGCGGGGGCUGGUACCUGCUGGGAGUACAGACGCUCACCAUCCUCUGUGAAGUCACAUGGGCAGCCCUCAUCACGUUCAUUCUCUUAUUCAUCAUCCAGAAGACGAUGGGACUGCGCGUAUCGCCGGAAGACGAACGUCUGGGCGCCGACCUUGUCGAGCACGGUAUCAUGCAGAAAACGGACGGCAGCCAACUGGCCUUCACUUCUCAGAACACCCCAGUAGCCCCGACCGUGAGCCAACUGAUCCCAAACCUGCAUGCCAUGACGGGCAUCAAGUCUACGAAGCUCAAGUCUGGUAUUACCGAAAGGAAGACAAGCUUGUUUACUGUGGUGAGAAGCUUGCCAGAGAACUCUGAGGACGCGGGGUCCGAGAGUACCGGAAGUUCUAGCGUUGGCACUGCAUUGCGGAGCGCCACUAGCCGGGAAUCUUCAGAAGAAGACCACACUACGACACAGGCGCUGCCAGCCUGA